AUGGAUAUCUCAACUCUCUUCUUUCUUCUAUGUCUGCUGCAAGCUCUUUCUUUAUCUGCUUCAUCUAAAACAUUUGACACUCUCAUAGGCACAUCUCUGUCUGUUGAGAAACCAAGUGACAAGUUGGUUUCAGCAAAUGGUGAAUUCUCUGCAGGGUUUUACCCUGUUGGUUCAAAGCUUUCAGUUUUGAAAGACGGCAAGCUUCACCUAACCGAUUCAGCUGGUAGUGUCGUUUGGAAAACUAAAAUAGAAGCCUUGACCACAUCAGAGGCCUCCAAUUUGCAACUACAGCUAAUGAACACAGGCAAUCUUAUGCUUUAUAAUUUCUCAAGUGUUGCUAUUUGGCAAAGCUUUGAUUCAUCUACAGAUACUCUUCUUCCUCAACAACUACUAACAUUUGGUACAAGCCUGAUCUCAAAUAGAGGCCAAGGUGUCCAUUCUUCUGGCUACUAUAAGCUCUUUUUCGAUGAAGAUAAUGCAUUCCACCUGCUUUUCCAAGGUCCAAAACUUUCAAGUCUCUACUGGCCAGACCCAUCCCUCGAAGACAUUUCAGAUGCUGGGAUUUCUAUCUACAAUACUAGUAGAGCUGCACUACUAGAUGACUCAGGCUAUUUCUGGUCAUCUGACUUUUUAAAAUUCUAUGCAACAGAUUUUGGUACUGUGACUCAGACGAUUAACGCUUGA